CGAGAGCGCGUGCGCGUCGCCUCUCUGUUCCGUCGGCCGCCGCAGUCAUGGCGGCCCCGGUCACUUCGCUCGAUGAAGACUGGGAGGAUUUUAACGAGUUUAAAGCAGCUGACCCACCGCACGGCUGUACCGCGGUACCGGAGAACUCGACGGAGAUCCAAACAUUCGCAUCCUUCGAGGAGACGCUGAGCGCGAGCUUUCCGCCCUCAACCAGCAGCGCGUCCACGAACGUCUGUGUGCGCGCUGUGAGUGAGCGCGAGCUGCUGAGCGACGACGAGAUCUGGAAUGCCUUGACGAAGAACUACGGCAACGUAAUGCCAGUAGACUGGAAAACAUCUCACACUCGCUCACUUCAUCUCCCCACACUGAACCUUCGACCACAGCAGCCGGUAGAGGUCAGUAAUCUGGAACUGUCUGAUGAUGAAGAGCUCAGAGAUCAGAUGGACAUGCACAACAUCAUCAUUUCCUGUGUGAACGAGGAGCCGCUGUUCACAGCAGAACAGGUUAUAGAAGAAAUCGAGGAGAUAAUGCAGCAGUCUCCAGACGGUGAGGAACACGCCAACCCGUCUCAGUUUGACCUCUCAGCGAUGCCCCGUGACUUACACAAACUCACACACUCCACAUCCAGCAGCAUCUAUGAGGAUCGAUUACGUGGUCUUUGUGUGUCGGAGCUGCUGGAGCGCCUGGAGGAGGUGGAGAGGCAGAUUCGAGGUUUCUCCGAAGAGCUUAUCGAUCAGCUGGCCGUGCGGGAGGAGCUGGACUUUGAGAAGGAGGUGAAGAACACGUUCAUCUCGGCUCUCAUCAACGUGCAGAAUCGCCAGAAAGAACAUCGAGAGCUGCUGAAGAAGAAGAGGAAGAUCAAGAGCACGUCGGGUGUACAAAGAUCCGACCGCUCGCACGUGCCAGGAACCUAUUUGACUACAGUGAUCCCGUACGACAGGAGUAACAGAGCCCCGUCUGUAGAAGAUCUUCAGAUUUUGACCAAGAUUCUUCACGCCAUGCGUGAGGACAGUGAGACGGUUCCCGCUCUUCUGACCGACUACAUCCUCAAAGCUCUGGUGUGAGAACAGGAGACAGAGUGCUGUGUCCUACGUAGGCUUUGAGGAGCUGAACAUUGGCUCGUCUCGUCUCGUCGGUACAGAAAACAUCUGCAACACUAAAGAUGAUGCUCUUCUUUAAUAAUGCACAGAAUUCACCCUGUUCUCAUGUGCAGAAUUUUGUUUAUUUCCUAAUGCGGUUCAGAUUUCAGCAACAGUUUGCAACCGUCACUUCUCUGAGCUGUCCUCGCGUGUUUUAUUCACACUGGUUUACUUUCUGGUGGAGAUCUUGCAGGAAUGUAAAAGAGAGUCAAGGAUGUCUUUAGCGGCCGAUGAUAUUUUUCUCCACUAAAGACUAUAAAGGGAUUAGAUUAGAAGUUUAUGUAGCUGUAAAAUUACUUAUUAGUUCAUUUAGAAUAAUCUAAGUUUAUCAGAAUUUUUACAUUGACAGUGAAAUUGAUUCAUCUACAGCAACAUUUAUUUAUAAGCAAACUUUAAAUCUUUGAGGUUUGAUUUGCAGUACUGUAGAUUGUGCAAUUUUGUCUUUGUUCUGUUUGGAGGUUUGUGCUCUUAACUUUUUUUACAGUAUUAAUACUCCUGCGAGAGAUUUGGACCGGCGAAUUUCAGUUUAAGGGUCAAACGUUUGCGAGUUGGGCUUAGGAGUGUAAGGUGAACGUACGUUGACAUAAAGACGUAUCUGAAAGGUCUUUGGAUUUUUGUCAUGAGGUGUUGAAAGAGCUCUGGAGUGACAUUGAAUGAUUGUCUUUGAUUGUUUUCUACCCGGAUGAACUAUAGACCGGAGGUGAUAUUUUUCUACAUGUAAUAGUAAAUGCAGAAUGUUGAUUAUUUUGAUGGAGAGAUUGAGAUCACCUUGUCCGAGUCCAGCAGAAACAUGAAUUACACUCAGGUUGGAUUUGUGUCGGCGUGAAUUAAGCAUGUCAUGUGAAAGCCAUUCAAACAAAAACGACAAUUCUUACAUUACUCGUAUGAUUUAAUGAUGAAAAAUGUCAAGUCUUUCAUUGAAUAAUAAUACACUUUAAGUGUGAUGUUCGUUCACCGAAAAUCUUGAUAUCUGCCCUAAAUCUUAGUGUUUCUUAGAGAAAGAAUAUGUCUGAUCUUUUCAAUGAUUGUUGAUCCAGUUCUAUGUGGAAUGCGAGACACAUUUAUGGUACUUUUUUACUUGACGGACUGGACAAGAGGGCAGAACAUUUAACAUUUGUGUUAAAGAAAAACAUAGAGGUACAUAUACAAAUCUAAAGUGUCUCAGUCUUGGUCAUCUGUGAGAUUUGUGGGCCAAACCUAACAAUGGCAUUAAAUUGUUUCAUGCUGUUUUGCAUGUUAAUGCACAUGAAUCUUGUCUCUGUUAUUGUUUCAUGUUUGUCAAGCAUUCAGAAUAAUAGUCGCUGCAUGCACUUUGAAUUGAUCUCUAAAAGGGAACGUGCAGAUUUGUGUAGAACAUGAUAUUCACACAAAAACUGUUGAUGGAUGACAUCAUUAUUGAGUUUGAAUGUGUUGUCACGUGUGUGUGGGGGGUGUGACUCUGAGAAACAGUAGCGGGCAGUGAAUCAGGGUACACGUUCUAGAAUAAUGAGAUUAUAUAUUUAUACGAGCAAUAAUUCAAAUGCUGCCUUUGUAAAUUCAUGACAUUUUAUACAUUAAAAUUGAUCUUGUUUUUAAUGCAACAUUUUUUGUCCUGAAGGUCCUUUUCCAAUUAAUAUUUUGUAAGACGUUCAUUGUAUGCAGUAGCAGGAUGGUUUUCAAAUAAAAGCGUCUGUUGUUCAUCAAAGCUGUUGUGUUUAAUAAAACUAG